AACGAAACGAACGAGUGCAUACUGCCUCGAGCCGCUUCUUCGUUCUCAUACUUUCGUUGCUCUUGCCGGCGUUGCAUGGUUCUGUGUUCUGUCUUGAUCUUAUUUCGUUUAGUUUGCAAAUUAAUUAUGGCCGAGAACAAGGAGCGUACUUUCAUUAUGGUGAAGCCGGACGGUGUCCAGCGUGGACUCGUCGGAAAGAUAAUUCAACGUUUCGAAGAUAAAGGCUUCAAGCUCGUUGCAAUGAAAAUGGUUUGGGCAACCCAGGACUUGUUGAAAGAACACUACGGAGAUUUGGCGAGCAGGCCCUUCUUCCCAGGCUUAGUUAAAUACAUGGGUUCUGGACCCGUUGUGCCUAUGGUAUGGGAGGGCUUAGACGUAGUAAAAACUGGUCGUGUGAUGCUUGGAGAAACAAAUCCGAAAGACUCGGCACCUGGAACAAUACGUGGAGAUUUUUGCAUUCAGGUUGGACGCAACAUUAUUCACGGAUCAGAUUCUGUGGAGUCUGCAAACAAAGAAAUUAACUUAUGGUUCGGAGAGAACAAGAAACAAGAUGUCGUUGAUUGGUCUUCUUGGGCGGAGAAGUGGAUCUACGAAUAAACGAUACAAAAUAAUUGUACAUAUGUGUUAACAAUUUUGCAGCCUAUUUUUUUGCAUAUCGUUAAAAGUCGAUAAACUUUUGUCGAGUCUUGAUCAUGUAUACUGCCAUUCAGCAACAUAAAAAGAGGAGCUGUUGUACAUAAAUUUGUUUGAGAAUAAUAAAUCAGGUUCUUAUACGAAUUACUCUUGAAGGAACAA